AUGAACCCACAACAGAACAAAUAUGAAUUUCCAGUACCUGAUAUUAUUGAGAUUCAUGACAAGGAUCGUCGCAAGAUGGACAAAUACGUGGCAUCAUUUCCAGCGACAAAUCACGGCUAUCGCAUCCGAAUUGGCAACUCACAACUUACCAGCAGUGCUGUUACAAAGUACGACUGUUAUCGAUUGGGCUAUCCCCCUGCAAGCGUUGCAGCAACAACAAAAUCAGCACGAAUCGGAUGUCCAUUUGAAAUCAACACCCGAUACCUUUACCAAACCUCCUCUUGGAUUCUUAUCCAUACUCACCUCGGUAACAAUCACCCCCCCGACCCAGCUGUGAAACCUCGCAAGAAGUCCAAGAAGCCGAACGCGCCUCCCAUUCUAGCUCCAGGAGUUUGUCUUGACAACGACACAGAACGGCUCGGCGCAAAUCCUCUUGACGCCAAUCCUCUCGAUAAUGACAUGUCAAACUUGAUUCAACAGCCACCUCAAGAACAGCAGCCGUAUCACUCAAAUGAUCAUAUGACCUUGACGAAACCCAUUCUCGUAACUCGACCCGCACAGCCGAUCUAUGCCAUUGAAACCGAUCUCAAGUCGCUGGAAUCGGUCGACACCACUAUCCCCAAUCUCAGAGCCCAACUAUGCGCUAUGGCUCCAGAUUGUCGGCAGGAUGUACUGAUGAAGAUCCAAACGAUCAUCAAGAAUGAACACAUCAUCAACAAUGAAGCAAAGUUACCUGUUUCAUUUGUACCCGACCCACAACAGAAAUUGCUCUACGAAUCGUACAACGAGACCCAAACGUCACCUCACACCGCCCUAGACGUAGGCCUCCAGGAAGAACCCUCGGUCGAUACACUUAUCGAAGACUUAUGUGGUCCAUCAGCAGAAGUUACAGCCUCCACCUUCAACUUCGAAGACCUCCUCAUCUCUUCUCAGCCGACACUCGAGGAUCUGCAACCAGUUGAUAACAAGAACAAGCCAGUUACACAACCUUCACCUCCAACGACUUCCCAUGAUACCCCAACCGGAGGAAAGAGCGGACAAUCGUCACCAGCGGCACCAGACGAAUGGCUAAGUAUACGUCAACGGAUGGCUGAUACAGUCACAAAUAUGGCCGACGACCGCCCCUUACCUGAGAAUCGAGCGGAUGCAAUGGCUCGUCUUGUCACAAACAAACCCAACAUUGUCUCCGAACAACAGCAUUGGCUUAGCAUGCCAAGUUGGGGCGGGAUCAUCGCAAAUACUUUCAAUUGGCCUGUGUUUUACUAUGAACCUGGCGCCUAUAGUCAGUUAGUUUUUCUUUACUCAACACCUCACAAUCUGAACCCUCCCAUUGCGCUCGCCUGGGCCGAUCAGCACUUUGCCUCUCUAUUACUCGAUUUCACACGGACCAACUUCCCCGCUCCACGUGUAUGUGCAACUUGGCGACGCUUUCAUAAAACCGAGGCCUCAAGUUGGUUGGAUACAUGGAGACCUCUAAUAUAUUCUCAUGCGGUGUUUAUCAAGGAUCUUAAUAAAAGUAAAUCUCGCUCCAAAAGAAAAGGUCGAGCUUGUAUUCACAUUGACUGA